AUGACAGAUAGAAAGGCUUGGAAUUAAAAAGUAUGUAACCUUAAGAUUUAAUUAUUUUAGGAAGACAUGGCAAUUCUUUAAUUAGUUAAGCAGUAUGGUAUAAAGAAAUGGACAAUAGUGGCUGAAAAGAUGAAAGAAGUUUAUGGAUUAUUUGGAAGGUCUGGAAAAUAAUGUAGAGAACGCUAUCAUAAUCAUCUUGAUCCAACAAUUAAUAAAGAGCCUUGGAGUGAAAAUGAAGAAAAAGUGAUCUUUGUCGCACACAAAGAACAUGGCAAUAAGUGGGUAUGAAAAAGUUAAAUAAAUUUUUAGGCAGAAAUUGCGAAACUGUUACCUGGGAGAACAGAUAAUGCUAUAAAAAAUCAUUUCUAUUCUACUUUAAGAAGAAGUCUUAGAAGAAUCAAUAAACUUAUUGGAGACAAGAAUAGUAAUCUGCAUGAUUAUAUAUUUAGCAAAGAAAAGGGUACCCAGCAGAUCAAGGAUAUUAAGCCAGGAGUCUUAUCUAAGAUAUUUAUACUUGCAGAAAAAAAUCCAUCUGAAUUAAAAGAUGAUCAUAUGAAAAAGUUAUGUUAAGCUUGUAAAGGAUUAUAAGACUCCAUCUUAGAAUUCGCAUAAUCCAAAUAGAAAUCUCACAUUAAUUAAUUUAAUGAAGACAAGUUCAAAUAACUUAUUGACAAAAUAAUGGAAUUUAAGUAUUUCUUGCAAUUAUUAUCAGUACUCUUUACACUAAAUAAAGAGAAAGCAGAUUAAAAUUAAAGAAGAAAAAUCAUAAGAAGAGAAAAAGUAGAAUUGAUGAUGAUGAUGAUGAUGAUGAUUAUACUAGUGAUUACAAAUAACAAGAAAUAAGUAAUUAGGUUCCUCUUAAGAGAUCUUCUAGACUAAAUGCAAAAAAGAAAGUGGUAGAAUUUUCAUUUUAUUUAGCAUAUUGAUAAAGAAGAUUAUAUAGAUAUAUGUAUCAGAACUAAAAAAGGUCCUCUUUUCAAUAUUAUUCGUGAUGAAUUUGAAAUCUAACAGGAUAAUGAAGAAGUAAGUCUAAUUUUAUUAUAAUAUAGUAAUAAUCUUCUAACAAUUAUAAUUAAUAAUACAUCUAUGAUUAUUAAGGUAACAAUAGUCCUAAUAAUUAAUAAAUGACUCCAGCCUUUCCUGUAUUAACUCCAAGGUAGAUAUUCUUUUAGAAACCUACUAAUUCAUAUUUGGAGGAAUAAGGCUUACAUGAUGAUAAUCCCUUAAGCAAAUCAAGCUUUGUGCCUAUUGUAAUUACAAAACCUUACACUUAAUGUAGAGAGAAAACUCUUGAUACAAUAGCUUAGUAAUUACAGCAAAAAAUUAGUAUAUUAACAAAUAAAUUGUAGAUGCAAAUGCUGAUAAAUAUAUAUAUAAUUAAUAGACAACAUAAGAUUCAGAUUUGGAAAUCAAUAUUGGAGAUGCUUUUGAAGUUUAAAAGGAUUAUAAAUCACCAUCAAAUAAAUUUGGAAUUGGUGGUUAUAGUCCAAGUGCAUUUAGAAAGUAUAAAAAAGAUCAGGAAACUGGUUUAGUUAACUUCAUGGUUACACCUCAUAAUUAUAAAUGA